AUGCCCCCGAAAUCAUCUCCUCAACCGAAAUACUUGCAUCUCCUGUAUCUCUCGGAAGCAGACCGACAAGCAUACAGACUUGACAUGGAGCAUGCGCCUUCGUCUCCCUCGCUCCGUUCUGUUCGGUCGCACGGCUCUUUCCUUUCAGCAUCCUCGAGGUCAACAUCUGGCACAUCACAAGCAAGCAGUCAUGCUACGCUUCGAUUCGUCGACGACCAUUAUCCACUCAUCACCACAGUCCAUCAGAAUACUGUGCCUGCUUCGGGGCACAAGGGCCACAGUGCUUCCUGGUGUGCCCGCCAGAUGGCACAAAUACAUAACACCAUCAUUCGGGCAUUGAAUGCCUCUUGGAAUCACGCUGUUUUGGUUCAGCCUUGCACACAAGAAGCCAGUGAUUUUCUCCACUUCAACCAGCGACUCAUGAGAACACUUAACCAGCACCAUCACGUUGAGGACAACUACCUGUUCCCAGAGAUCGAGAAGCUCCUGGGCAGACCCGGGGCCAUGGAAGAGAACAUGAAAGGACACGAAUCAUUCGCCGAGGGACUCACCCUCUUCGAGAAGUAUCUCUCUGUCACGAAACCGUCAGAAUUCUGCGGUCUUACUUUUCGGCAUAUCAUCGAAUCAUUUGCCCCCAGUCUCAUCCAGCAUUUACACGACGAAAUCACUAGCCUGGCGAACUUGGACGUUCCGGAACCCAAUGCGCUGAAGAAGAUAUGGAGGCAUGCCGAACGCCUAGCCAUCAAGGAUGCAAACCUGUAUAGAGACCUCCCGUGGUAUCUUGGCUGUCAGGACAGAACAUUCACCAUCGACGGCAUCAGAGGCGACUUCCCUGCGGGUCCUUGGAUUUUGGAGGCACUCAUCAGAAAUUGGCAUUCCAGGAAACACGCUGGAGCUUGGAGAUUCUGCCCGAGCGACCUGUCUGGCCGAAGACGACAACUGCUCGUUGUGUAG